ACGAAUCAGUGAAACACCCCUCACAUCUAGUACGCUGCUGUGUGUUCAAUCGCGACACUUGCAAAAUUUGAAGCCCCCAAAACAUUGUGAAAAUUGCUGUAAAUUGAGAAAAUUCCGUCGACAUGGCUGGUGGAAAAGCAGGCAAAGACUCCGGAAAAGCCAAAGCGAAGGCCGUAUCACGUUCAGCUCGUGCAGGAUUGCAGUUCCCCGUGGGCAGAAUUCAUCGACAUCUCAAGAACCGUACGACAAGCCAUGGACGCGUGGGGGCCACAGCCGCCGUCUAUUCAGCUGCCAUCCUUGAAUAUCUCACGGCUGAGGUCCUGGAGUUGGCUGGUAAUGCAUCAAAGGAUCUCAAAGUGAAGCGUAUCACCCCGCGUCACUUGCAGUUGGCCAUCCGAGGAGAUGAGGAGCUCGACAGUCUCAUAAAGGCUACCAUUGCGGGUGGAGGUGUCAUUCCGCACAUCCACAAAUCCCUCAUCGGGAAGAAGGGUGGUCCGGAAUAACCGUACAAACUGGACAACCCGAGCUUUUAAUCAUAAUUUCCAGAAACUCCGAUUAAUAUCUCGAUCUUUCCACACAAAUCUUCAAAUUAUUGCCUUCUUUCCACCCAUCCUUCCCUCUCUUUACGUAUAUCGACCAAUUUUGCGUUCAUAACCACACACACCAUCCGGAAGAGACAGAUGAUCAGGCGUGUGUGUGUUUGACCUUUUAAAUGGGCCUUCCAAAUCGACAACCCCGGAUGGUGGGGUGUUUUCUUAUUUUUCUUUUAAAUUAGUUUUUGUUUCUCUUCAUUUGCCCAAAAUAUCUUAGUUUUUAAGUUUAUGGCAUUCGGGAGGGGCACCAUUGAGCGCUACUCCAUUAAUACAAAACAAAUAUUUGUAAUCAUUUACUAUGAUUAAAUUUAGUCGUAGGACUUUUCUUUUCGAUGUUUCUCUAGCUAAAAAAAAAAGAUUAUUUGAGAAAAAAAUAUGAGCAAGGAAUUACAUUAAAUCGAGAGAAAUAUUAAGUAAAAAAAAACAACCAAUUGCUGUUGAGAGACUUUCACGUAUAAUGGAUUUUUGCAAAGCUGACGAUAAAAUAUUAUAAAAGGAAAACUGUGGAAAUGUUUGUUUCACGUUGUAAAUUAAUAAAAAUGAAAUAAAGAAUAGAAAGGAAAGGAAAA